AUGAGUCGUAGUUGUGUUAUCUCAUGGUCUGCACCUGAUGAUUCAUUAACACCAGUAUCACAGUAUCAUGUUUGCGUUGAUGGUAUUGUUCGUGCUGUAGUACCAGGAUCUUUCAAGUGUAAAGCAUUGAUUGAAGAUAUCGAUUUAUCAAAACCUAUUAAUCUAUCAGUGCGUGCUGUAACCGAAAAUAGACAUAGUCCAGAUGCUGCAUGUACUAUUUCAUUGGGAAAAGAUGCACCAAUAGCUCCACAACAUGUUCGUAUCUGGUCGAUAACACCAAUAUCAGCAUGUGUUUCAUGGUAUCCAAGUAAUAGUAAUGCGGAACAUGUUAUUCUUCUCAAUGCGGUAAAAGUUGGAAUGUGCCCACCUUCUGUCUUUCAGGUGCAGCUGAAUGGUCUUUUACCUUCAACAAUCUAUCGCAUCUCUGUGCGUACCAAACAACCGAAAGCUGUCUUAGAGCAACGACCUGUCGAACGCUGCUGCGAUUUCAAAACGCUGCCAAAAAUCGGUCUUCCGGAUCCGCCUUCUAAUGUACAGGUUGAAAUGGGUCCACAACCUGGUACACUUUUGAUUUCCUGGACACCGGUCACUAAUCAACCAUUACCACCAUCUCGUGCUGCUGUAAAUUCCUAUCUAAUUUAUGCUGAUGGUCGUAAUAUUGCUCAAGUGCCCAGUGUAAAUGGUGCUUAA